CGUGCAGAGCACUUCCGGCGUCGCGAUGGCGGCUAACGCUACCACUAACCCGUCGCAGCUGCUGCCUCUAGAGCUUGUGGACAAGUGUAUAGGAUCAAGAAUUCACAUCGUGAUGAAGAGUGAUAAGGAAAUUGUUGGCACGCUUCUAGGAUUUGAUGACUUUGUCAAUAUGGUACUGGAAGAUGUCACUGAAUUUGAAAUCACACCAGAAGGAAGAAGGAUUACUAAAUUAGACCAGAUUUUGCUAAAUGGAAAUAAUAUAACAAUGCUGGUUCCUGGAGGAGAAGGACCUGAAGUAUGAAUGGAUUCCCUUGACUUAUGCUAGAUUCUGUUUUGUCUUAUAAUGACAACAAAAAAUAAUUUUUUUAAACCUUUCAAUGUCUGGAUUCUGUGAAGCCAAGUUUCCCGUUAAAGGGGAAUGCUUUGAAGAGGCAUUGUAAAUGCUAUUUUUUAAGUUAAUCAUGUUUAUCUUGGGGGGAAAAUUAGAACAUCGAAGACUAAAAUAAAGGUGUUUUUGGUUAAUUGUCAUUUUAUUUAUUAUACUGCAAUAGCCACUGGAACAAAGCUAGUAGUUAUUUUGUCAGUUGCUCUCUUAUCAUUUCAUGCCUGUUUGUUUCCUUAUUUACAUGACCAAUUAAUUCUCAAAAAUUGUUCCAAAUAAAAUGGCAGACUUUGAUUUUGAACCAGGUGCAUUUAACCUGGAAUGAUUCAGUUCAAUUCAAACUGUGAUGCUCUGAAAUUAGCAUUUUUCUACUGAAAAGUUCCAUUAACUUCUAUUAAAAACGAAGAAGCAAAAGUAGACAGGUAGUCUGUGCAUUGUAGAACUGCAGAUAAAUGAAAAGGAAAGCAUUUAUUGUGCUUUACUGCCUGUACUCUUAGACUUUCUCAGUACACAUUUUAUAUUUACAAAAACUUGUUCACCCUGAUUACGCUGUUUUGUGGCCUCCAUUUAAGACUUUUAAAAAAUUUAAGUGGCGAACAUCUUUCCAUGCCAGAUAUUUCAGUGACAUUAAUGUGUGCACAGUAUUUCAUUAACUGGAUUUACUGUAAUUUAGUUGGCCUAUUCUUAUUAUUGGUCACAGUAGUCUAACUAAACCUUUAUGCAUUUUUAUUUUUCUUAAAAGAAAUUCAGAAAAGUGGUCAAAUGGUAUAUAUCAUCUUGUUGCCAACAAAACGUUUGUCAGCAGUUUUUCAUACUUUACAUAUUUACCACCAUUGGCUGUAUUCUCUCUUUUCUCUUUGUCAUUGUGGUAGGCAAAACGUGCUAUGUUAAAAUUUUCUGUAUUAAUUUUGUAUUUUGUGAAUUCUGUGAGGCUUUUGCCAUUGAGAUGCUUGUCUUAUUUCUUACUAAUAUGUAAGAAUUCUUAAUAGGUUACUCUUAGUCAUGUAUUUUGCAGGUAAAUUCCCUGGUUUGUAGUUUGCCUGUUAGGGGUACAUUUUCGACAUAAAUAAAAAAAAUAUUUUUAUGUAGUUA